GCAAAGUCUUUUUCUCUAGUAAUAAAAGUUUCCUUGCAGAGUGAGGAUCCUUUUACAGGAAAAACAUACAACAAGACAUACAAGGAAUACAAGAUAUUCAGAUAUGGCCACGCCAGAUCCUACUUUGAUUUUAAGUAGCCUGGUAACCGUGGAAAAGGACAGUGCAGAAAUUGAAUAUUUGGUUUGGUUUUACCGUGUGGAAGAUGCUUCCCCCUGGACUUAUGCAAUUUUAGCUUUAUGUUUUGUGUCACUCCUGGUGGGUUCCCUCAUUCUGGGAAUAGGCAUAAUGGCAAACAGGAAUAGGAAGAGCAUAGCAAAAUACAGAUCAUCAGCUGGUGAAGAAAAAGUUAAAAUGAUGAAUCAAGCAAUAAAUGGCAAGCACCCUUUACCCUCUUGCACAGAAGCUGAUCCUGCUGAUUCAAUAAAGAUGGCACUUAAAGCAAAUCUUCCUGACUAUUUUACAGAAGGCAACAUCAUCAUACAUUGGAAAGAUGGAAAUGUUACAUCACUUUUUACCAACCAAUCAGAGGAAGCUGUGUAGCUAGUCAAAACCAAGAGCAUGGAAACAGCCACCAAAAAUGUAUCUUUCUUUCUUUCAUUUAGUGUUGUCCACAAUGCUGGACAACAAUUCCUAACAGAUGGCUUCCUUUAUGAUUUACUCUCUUUUUUCUAUUCAUAAAAUUAAGUAUUUCAACCUAAUCUAUUUAAACCAUAAUCAGUUCAAGUUAUAUUAGUAUAAUUACACCAUAAAAUAGGACAACCUCAAUGCAUGUUUUUUUAUGA